AUGGAGAAGAGGAAGCACAUUGAUUCGGAUGAUGAGGACGAUAAAUACAAGUCCAAGAACCUUGAAGCCGAGAGGAGGCGACGCAAGAAACUCAACGACAGGCUCUUAGAACUGCGUUCGUUAGUCCCAAUAAUCACAAAUAUGAAUAAAGCUACCAUAAUAACUGAUGCUGUCACUUAUAUUGAGGAGCUACAGAGGCACGUAAAAGAUCUUAGUGACCAACUACUCGAAAUGGAUGCAAAUUGUGUGAAUGAGAAAGAAACAACGAAAAUUGAAGAGAUUGAUUCGGCAAAAGAGAUGAAGACAUGGGGGAUAGAACCAGAAGUUCAGGUGACUUCCAUUGAUGGGACUAGACUAUGGAUAAAGAUAGUCUACCAGAAAGUGAAAGGGGGAUUUACCAAAAUAAUGGAGGCCAUGAGUGUCCUAGGAUUUGAACUUACUGAUAUCAGUGUUACCACCUCCAAAGGAGCAAUUCUUGUUACUUCAUGUGUGGAGGGAACUCGAGGUGGGCUACCUGAUGUUGAUCAGAUCAAAGAACUGUUGUCCGAGAUCAUCAAGAGCAUUUGA